AUGGCCACAUCGGACAGCGCAGAUGAUUGUGUGCUGCAGAGAGGUAGAUCUCAAAGUGACCCAAGCAUCCUGACUGAAGCUCGUGUCAUUUACGCACACAGCACAGAUGUGAUGGACCAGCAGACAGCUCUUCAUUCUGGUUGCCUAGUGACAGGGGUUCGAACGCCACCUAUCCGUCGAAACAGCAAAUUGGCCAGCCUGGGGCGGAUCUUCAAGCCUUGGAAGUGGAGGAAAAAGAAAAAUGAGAAGUUGAGGCAGAACUCAACAGCUCUGGAGAGGAAAGCGGUAACGCGGCAGAGUCGUGAUGAGCAGGUCAGGAAGGGCCAAGCGGAGGCGGGCACAGGUGAGAAAAAGACAUUCAAGUCUGCCUGUGGAGGGACCCUGGAUGAGAUGGGCAGCCCCAUCCAGGACUAUUCAGAUGUGGAGGACAGAGAGGAUGAGCCCAUGGCCCCUUUGGCCAGCACCACAGAAGAUCUGGGCUCAGAUGAGGACAAUCCCUCCACAAUGCGAGACACCACAGAGGAAAUUGAGACGCUAGGAGAGCAAAGCCAAAUUGAGGAAGAGGAGGAGGAGGAGGAGACUUCCUUUACGGAUGCCACCGUCAGGAAUUCUGUCGGGCCCACUCGAGCCCUGGAGUGUGUAGAGGAGGCUAAGCAGGAGUUACCACGCAGAGAGGCGUGUACCCCCCCACCCAAACUUCCAUCUAAGCUGCUCACCAGACUCGGCAGUCUAGACAGUUCUCAUUCUAAUGCAAUGAGGCCUGCUCCAGCAACCCUGCCCAGGAAUUUCACCCUUCCUAAAGAUGCUUUAAGGGGGAAGAUGUCCACCCCAACAGGCUCCCCUCAUCUUGGUGCCAUACAUCCAAUGCUGCCCCCUAGCUGCAUCAUAGAGGAACUUCAUCGGGCGCUGGCCACCAAACAUCGACAGGACAGUUUCCAUGGCAAAGAAAUACGCUGCUCACCCAAACGUCGCUCGGAUGGUAGACUGUCCCGUACCUCCAGCAUAGAGAAAGAGCCAUGUGGAGAAGGUGAGAGCAAGAAAGAGGCUGAGGAGAACAAGGAGAACAUGCGUUUGGACGAAUACUACAGUGACCAGGACAGCUGGAACGAGUCAGUCAUCUCCGGGACACUGUCACGCAGGAUGAGGAAGGAGCUCCUGGCUGUGAAGCUACGUAACAGACCCAGUAAACAAGAGUUGGAAGAACGAAACAUCUUCCCUGUGCGCAGUGACCAGGAACGUCAGGAAAUUCGCCAGCAGAUUGAGAUGAAGCUUGCCAAGAGGCUGAGCCAGAGACCGGCAGUUGAAGAACUGGAGAGUCGGAAUAUCCUAAAACAGAGGAAUGAUCAGACGGAGCAGGAGGAGAGGAGGGAAAUUAAACAGCGCUUGAAUAGAAAGCUCAACCAGCGACCCACAGUGGAUGAGCUGCGAGACAGAAAAAUCCUCAUCCGCUUUAGUGACUAUGUGGAAGUGGCAAAAGCUCAGGAUUAUGACAGGAGAGCAGACAAACCGUGGACCAGACUGUCUGCUGCGGAUAAGGCAGCAAUACGCAAAGAGUUAAAUGAAUUCAAGAGCAAUGAGAUGGAGGUUCAUGCAUCAAGCAAACACUUGACAAGGUGA